AUGGAGGGACUCUCAAAGUUAUCAACACUGGUGAUUGUGUGCAUGUUAGUNGNCGCUCCAAUGGCUUCCGAGGCAGCAAUCUCCUGCCGCGCGGUCACCAGCAACUUGGGUCAAUGCGUUGGCUACCUGCUUCGAGGGGGUGCCAUUCCUCGAGGAUGUUGUUUAGGCGUUCGGAGGCUCAACUACAUGGCUCGGACCACGCGUGACCGCCAACAAGCAUGCCGUUGCAUCCAGGGAACAGCUAGAGUCUUGGGUUCUAGACUUAACCCAGGCCGCGCUGCUCGUCUCCCUGGUGCUUGCCGUGUUAGGAUUGCUUACCCUAUCAGCGCUAGAACCAACUGUAACCGGUAA